CAGAAUUCGAAGGUGCGCUAGAUUGAUUGUGGCAUCGUUGAUUGCGACCUGCGUUGCUUGUGGACUCUGUGAUGAUCGCAGACAUGAAUAAUUGUGGCAUUAGUUCAUAUUUAUUUCAUAAACGGCAGUAAAGAAUAAUAAUAACGGUGGGCAUACAAAUAAAAACAGUGGGCAUUAUAACAAAAACAUAAAUAAAUAAUUGCACACUGUAUUAAAUGUGCUUAAUAAAUACAUUUGAUUUCAUUAGCAUUUCACAGACCCAUGGUAUGGAUAAGAUGUUUAGUACGGUCAAUCACUGUUGCUUCUUUCCCCAUAAGACGCUACAGUCAGUAAGACGCUUUCAAGAAAGAAAGUAUUGCCCGGUGUCACAAAACGAAUGUACCCAUUCCGAGUCCAGCUUCAAACUCGUGCAUGUUGCAGAAAAUGUGCAACAGAGCCCUCUGGGGUCACAUAUUUCGACGGGUCGCAGAAUUCGGUGUAACACCGGCGAUAACAGUUGACGAUGUUCAUCGACUGGUCAGCAUUUUUUCACCCUCACCCCAAAGCAAACGAGAAAAGGGGUUUCAACUGUAUAUAUCGCAAUAUUUGCACAAUUUUGAAGAUAAGUCACAACAACAUGAUAUCCAUGCUACGUGCUAAAGUUAUGUUAUCUGGUAAAUGUUAUGUUAUCUCUCCAUACAUUAUAAAAGUCGAAAUCGUGCGUUAGAUGUUUGUCUUAGCCCUUGUUUAGUUUAUGAUGUUAUGUUCGGAGGCAAUGUGUUGUUGACACUCCUGCAUGUAAUAUAGGCAGUAGCCUAAAAGUCUCAAACGUUGGUUCGUUCGUUGUCAAGUUAGCAAACUGCGAUUGCCUGCGUAUGAACAAACAAACUUUAGAUGGAAAACAAUAUUUUCCUAUUAGAGUUGCUAGUCAUUGCCCUUACCAAAUUAUUUGCAUGCUAUCCUAUUACUAACUUGCUCAAAUUGUUAUUUUUCCACAGUGUCUGACAAAGAUCAGGGUUCAGGAGAGGUGAUGGUCAGGGCAGAGUGCUACAGGUCAAUGAGGAAAUCAGAGAAACCUCACAAGCUCAGAGUGGUCCUAAAAGAUUUGCAGCCUGUGGAGCUCCUGCACUUCCACUGCACCUGCAAGGCUAGAAAGGCAUUAUGCAACCACUGUGUUGCACUUCUGUUUCAAGCUGCGCACUAUUCGCAAUUGAAACUCCAGGUUGUCCCCCCAACGUUGAGCUGCACUGAAGGGGAACAACAGUGGCAUAAGCCUAGAGUUAUGGGGAUAAAGCCGGGCCCUGUUGACAAGAUGGCUGUGAUCUUGGCCAAACCAAAAGCCAGAAAGACAACAGAGGGAGUGCGGAGCAAACUGUACAAAGGCCUUCAUGGGGAACUUCCUGACCUCUCAGUUCUUCGGGUGUCGGAGGUAUUCAAAGACUUUGCUGCUGCUGACCUCCCUAUGAUCUGCAGCAUGGGGAUAACUGCAGAUAUUCCACUAGUGGACUCACUGUUUGGAAAGGUUCAACAUGGAAGUCCCGUGUCGUACCAGCAACCUGCCAAAGACCAGGCAAAGACUCUCCAUGAUGCCUCACCCCCUCCAUCGUUGCCACUCCAGGCCUACAGGCUUGAGCCAUCAGAGUGCAUGUUUGCCUGUUCCAGAAAACAACAACUGCACAUGCAAAGUCUUCAAGUCACCCUGGAUUUGGCCCAUAAGAUCGAAUGUGGUACCCGAGAGCAGAGCUUGUGUGCCGAUUGGUACAAUGUUCGGAAACCACGGGUGACAGCAUCUCGUUUCAGAGAAGUCUGUCAUGUGGGUAAGGCCUCUGAAGAGGGACUUGCGGAACGGAUUCUUAGAGGGAUACGGCAGACCGCAGCUAUGAAGAGGGGUUUGGAGUUGGAGGCUGAUGCAGUCUGGGAGUACUGCCAGAUAAAGAGAGUCAACCACUACAAAUGUGGGUUUGUAGUACACCCAGAUGCACCUUGGAUUGGUGCCUCGCCGGAUGGGGUUGUUUUUGACCCAUUAGAACAGCCAGAGUUUGGCCUUUUAGAAAUAAAAUGUCCCAACAUUUCUAAUUACAUAGACGCACCUUAUCUGAAGGUUAUAAGUGGUUCAGUGCAGCUCAAACCGACCCAUGCCUACUAUUGGCAAGUUCAGGGCCAACUGUUGGUCACAGGUAUGAGUUGGUGCGAUUUUGUUGUCUCUGCCCAGGAUGAUGUUUUCAUUCAGAGAAUCCAGAGGGAUGAGGGCAUGAUACUAACAAUGAAGCGUGGGAUUGACAUGUUCUUCUUCAAUGUAUACAUGGACAAAUACCUGGCAGUGGCAUGAAUUGUUGAUAUGAUACAUUUUAGCAUUUAUCCUUUAAAUCUUAUGUGACUAAUGAUUAAGUUAAUUGUACAUGUUCAUUUGAAUGCUUUGUUUAUUGAAGGGCAAUCCCCUUUCUCUCUUUAUUUAAUUCCCCCCUAUCCCUUGAUUUAUCAAUAAAUGAUAACGUAUUUAAACAUUUUAUCAGUUGUCUCCCUCCUUUUUGUUGCACCUCUUUAACGAGCAGGGGUUCGUAACAGGCAGUGACACGUCAUGCUAACGAUUAAUGAAAUUUUACUCUUUCAAAUACAUUUCACUUGAAAUCUAUAUGAUGUGUUUUUCCUUUCUGAAGUACAGAUAAAUGGUUCUUUGCGUCUUAACAAAAUCUAUCACAGCCAAUAGGAAGCACACUGAACAAAGCUGUAGACUACAUUUAUGAAGUAAAGCAGUUUUAUUUAAAGAGUAACAACAAAUCACUUCCAAAACAGUAUGGAGUAUGGUUAAAUAGCAUGUUUAUUUUGCUAGGAGAGUAUGGUGUGGGAGUCCAUGGAUAAGGAUACCUGGCCACCAGAAAAUCAGACCAUCCAUUUCUUGACCAGGGGUCCGUACUGAUCAUUUGAGAGGAGACAUGCAACAGUGAACAGUUGAUUUAUAUUGCCACAAAUAGAGAGAGGGAUGACUGUGUCAAAAAGUUUGUUUUCUUUGACCCUCCUAAUGAGCCUCUCCACGUGGACUCUCAGGCGUGCAAUGGACUGGGUUUUAGAGUGUCUACCUCUGACAUUUGCUCCUGUUUGCACAUAAAAGCAGGGCGAUGCACUUUCCCAGAAACUAGCUCAUCUAUCAAAAACCCCUUGUCUACCAUAGCCUCCAUGUCGGGUGUUAGGAGAGAGGUGAUGCCGGAGUGACGGAAAAUCUCCUUGUCACUGAUGGAGCCUUCAAAAAGUGCUGUCACAAAUGUCAAUGCUCCAUGGGGGGACAUGCCAAUAAGCGCUUUGAAUGUACAGUGCGACUUGUAGGCGGAGAAUACCUCACUUUGAAGCAGAAGGGAGGUAGGGGCUUGGCAUCUAAUUUCUGUGCAGUCAAGGUCGACCUGGGUGUUCUCAUAGGUCCCAUUGAAAUCUGUGGGGCAGUUUUCUCUCACUGAUCUGCUGGUCAUGCAGAUGGAGAGCGAUCCAAGCAAAGUAUACAAAAAGUUAGACCUCGUCACAAUUAUUCUGCUUGCAUUGAACUUGUGACCAAGCUCCCUUUGUGUACAGCCGGUUGACAGGUAGUUGAGGAAGAGGAAGAGCUCGUCAAUUGGCAGCAGUUUCUAGGGAAAAUAGUCACUGUAUGAGAUACUGUAGAUAGAAGCACUACACAUCAACGAUAACAUACACAAACUAGAGUGUUUAGAAAUAUGUGGUGCAUGCACGGAGCUGAGCAGAAACAAUACACAGUUAACUGCCUCUUCUGUGGCAGUCACCAGCAAAAUGUGUGAUCCACAUGUACCGAGCUGGUGGUAUAUGUUUAUUGUAAAACUCACUGUUGGUCUGUUCAUAGGGGUCUCAGUGGAUGUACUGGUGGAGAGGUUCUUCUGACCACUGGUGACUCUCACCAUUCUGCUUGUUGCCUCUUGAAUUAGAUCCCAGAGGGCCAUCAAAUGUUCAUAUGAUGGAAACCUGCAUGCAAACAGGACAUAGCUUUUAUGUUGAUUUUAUGUUACAUUAAAACAUUCCAAUUUAAUCAUCAUUCAAAUCAAUCAUACAGAUGGGAGGCAAGUGAAAUGCUUGUGUGAUAAUUAGAAAAGUUCAGGUUCAACAUUUCUUACCUGGAAUAGUAGCGAAUGUCACUAGGUGAUGUAGAAAACCGUUGCAAUCCAAAUCUCUCCAUGUGCAGUGUUUCGAUCUGCCUCGACAUGCUCUCAAAUUUCUCACGGUCGACCACGAUAAAAGAGCUGGCUGUGUAAUCGUGGUCUUCCAUCAGAGGCGUCGAAGCCAACUCAGUACAACCAGAGACAGUGUUUUCACCCACUUCCAUUUCCAUGGUGGUGUCAUCCUCGGAGGCGCUGGGUUGCUCGAGGCUGGCGAUCCCAAACUCCGGGCCGUUGAGGUUUUUUUGUAUAAUUAUUCCAACCGAACAAGGAUGGUAUAAUAUUUGGUCGAAGACACCGCUUUCCAGAAGAAGAGAUCACUAUGUCUGCUUGCUCAAAGUGUCGACUACACACUCUAGAGCUGGUGGUUGGGGUGAAACCUUCUGUUCUGACUUUCACAAGCCACUGGGCGUGUAAAUUAGGUUCCUUUGGGAAACUAUGAAAGCUCAAAACUUGGUUGAAUCUCCCCCCGGCGGUACAAAGUGGCACACAACAAUGGUGGUUAUUACCAUCGACUGCCCUUCGAAAAGUAAAUCGUUUUUUCCAAUCCAUUGCGAACAAUAACAUCACACCGACAGCCAGCUAAUGUCAACAAACCGCCAAGCGGAAGCUAGAGGCUCCACUUCCGCCCUCAAACAGGAAGUUAGCAUUUUCAUUGUGCACAGAGUGAAUUGUGUUGUUUUUGUCGUAAACUAGGGUCCGAUGGUUAAAAAAUAGACAGAUAUUCCAAGGUAUCCUUAAAAGGCACGUUGGAUGUGUUUAUUUUCUGCAGUUUAGGCUUCGCCUAUCACCUAUUUUUUAAAGCAAAACACCAAGCUCAUUGAUUUAACGAGGCAGGGUUAUUUGAAACAAUUAAUUUAAUAUGUGUGAGAGGUAAGUCCUCCUUCUGAGUUUGCUUCCU